GAAUGCACAAUAAAUACAGUUUCUGUGGAGCUAUAAAUACAGCAAAGCAGAAGAGAUUCAGAGCACAGAACAAAUAGAUAUUACAAUACCCUGCAAUCCCUCAUUUCCCUUCUUCCCAUCACAAGAAAACUCUGUUUCUUCAUUUCUCAAACCAUUUUUUUUUCUUUAUAUUUACAGUCCUCUCUUCCUCCAUUGAUCCUCACCUUCACUCAGGGGUCACUGGACUUCCCGCAAAUUUCCCGUGUUUUUCUGAGAAAUUUGCAGCUUUUCUUGAAAGAAAAUGGAGAGCAUUCAUGGAAGUAAUAUGCCAUUUGUUUAUGGCAAAAACUCUGAAAUUGGACCGUCUCUCUCGCAACUCAUUUUGACGGGCGGUGCGAACACAAUGGACUCCAUUUUCUCCGGUUACCCGGAACCGGCGGCCAACCACAACUCCGCCGCCUCUGAGCCGCUGGGCUCUUCCGUCUAUCUCCUACACAGAGAAAUUCUCCAGAAAUUCUGGCAAGAAAACAGAGUAACAACCCCUGCGUUGUUCACAACUACAAGAGCCCCUGGGGCAUUCAACGAUGGCCUUAGCGCUUACAUGAACCCGAUGAAGAAGAAGCUGUACAGAGGAGUGCGGCAACGCCACUGGGGAAAAUGGGUUGCAGAGAUUAGACUUCCCCAGAACCGGAUGAGAGUUUGGCUGGGGACUUACGAGACCGCCGAGGCGGCGGCCUAUGCGUAUGACCGAGCGGCCUAUAAGCUUCGCGGCGAGUAUGCGCGCCUGAAUUUUCCCAAUCUUCGCGAUCCAAGCAAGCUGGGAUUCGGAGACGACGCCAAAUUGGCGGAGCUGAAGAAAGCAGUGGACGCCAAGAUUCACGCAAUUUCCCAGAAGGUGAAGAGGGAGAGCAAAGCCAAGGAGUCCAAGAAACGAAAUGCUAAGCAGAGCUCUGCUCAGACUGUGGGAACUAUUGAGUCGCCGUCUUCUCCGUUCGCCGGGAAUCAGGUUUCUGAAGAGGAAUUCUGCAGCUGCAAGAGCAAGGCGUCGACGACGAGCUCGGAUUCCGGCGGGAUUCCGGCGCUGCCCUCCAUUGAUUCCGAUUUUGAUGAUUGCAGUCUUGCGAGGAUACCUUCUUUUGAUCUGGACUUGAUUUGGGAAGUUCUGGCUAAUUAGGACAACAGUUCUGUUGAUCUUUAUAUUUUGCUAUCUAAUCUCCACUCAUAUUAGUAGCUUUCUAUGGCAUGAACAUAAAUUUUUAUGUUUGUUCGUGGCCAACACUAGUAGAAUAAAUUAUUGACUUUCUCAGUUUAAGUCCGGUUAGUUAUAACAAUCUAGACUGGUUAUCCAUCUUUAGUAGUUGUUUUGGACUUCCCCGUAAAUCAAAUAAUAAGUUUGUAUAUUUUAA